CUCAAUCUUCCUCUAAGCUGCAGAGAGAAAGACGAGCGAGACACAUGAAACAAAAACAAAACAUGAAUGGCUGCAGAGAGAGGUUCUUAUUCUAGUGUUUUUGGAAUACUAGUUCAAAGGAGCUUUGCAAGAGAAAAGGCAAUGAAUGAAGGGGUUGGACAGAGAGCAAGAGAGAGAGUCUGACGUAUCCGAGUGAGGUGGCUACAGUAGGGAGUGGGUGUGUUCUACUUGUUUUGAUGUAUAGUUGGGAAGCCCAGUGUCAUCCGCUUAAGCACCAAGCAAAUGUGCUGAACAGGACAGAGAAAACCGACAGGGAAUGCCGAACUCUUGGUCUAUCUUAACCAAGAAGACAGUGCGGAUGUGAAACCCUUUUUUUAUUAUUCUUGUGGCACUUUGAUCCAAUAAAACAAACAAAGGAAAAAUCAAGGAAAGAAGAUUUUGAAACAUUUUAAAAGCCAUCUUUCCUCUGUGGCUGAGAGAAGACUUUGAUGUGAAAGGAUGUGAUAUGCAUUUUUGUCAAGUGUGCAGUGGCACCUGUGUCAUUUUUCUUCAGGAUGUGCAAAUGUGCACAGAAUUGAAGAUUACAGUUGGCUCGGAGUUUGGCAGCAAUCAAAUUGGAGGAGUCCAAUUUUUCACCUAGUAGAAGGGAGCAUUGGGGAAAGCAUCCAAUGCUCCCUUCUAGUCCCAUUUUCAUCUUGGGUCACUGGGACUUUUUCUAGUGGGGCACAAUCUAUUGGAAAAUAAAAUGGAUGGAGGCCUAUGUGGAUUUAAGUGCAAGAAUGCAUGGUUUCUCCAGCAUAGGUCAGAGUUUCUUAUUGCACUCUGGACACAGGAAAAGACAGAAGAGACUUUAAUCUACACAACAGUAAGGACAAAGAACUUUUAAUGCAGUGCAAAGACUUGAAGAAUGAAUUCCAAAGAGGAGGAAACACUCAGCUUUUUCCAGUAUGUUGAAGAGAAUGGCCUGAGAGCCUACAACAGGCUGCUUUCUCAGAACUUGGACCACGCCAGGAAUGAGAGAAACAGGACAUUCCUGCAAGAAAAAAAAGACAAGAAAAGAAAACAGGAGGAAGCCAUAAGGAGAACUGGUGAGGAUAUAGCAACAGAAGGCAAAUACUUCCGUAUGGGCUCAAUAACCAUGCCUGACCCACAGGAGUGCAUGCCCUUGCCCCACCUGCACACCAUCGCCUGUGGGCAGGGCUUCUCCGUCCGCUCCCAGUCCCUCCACUCUGUUGGGGGUGGGGGAAACAGUGGAGGGGGAGCAGGAGGAGAGGAGGAAGUGGGGAGUCCCACCUCUAGGAAGCAGCCACCGCCUAAGCCUAGGAGGGACCCAGCCACCAAGCUGAGCAUGUCAUCUGAGGCAGUGGACCACAGUGCCAUUUCCACCUGCCAGGGAGAAAGAUGUGACGCACAAGAAUGCAAUGAGGACUGUAGGAGAGUGCCACCCCCCAAACCCAAGAGGAACCCCAAUACACAACUUAGUGUUUCCUUCGAUGAGUCCUACAUUAGGAGUCACGGAAGCAGUGGCGUGUGCCCGUCCAAGCCCCUCCAGCUCACCACAUCCCCGUGUGAACGUAAACCCUCGCCUCCCCAGAGUGAUGAAAGUCCUACAGAUGACUGUGAGGAUGAACCUAUUUAUAUAGAAAUGGGUGGGAUUGACAUAGGGCUGCGAGAACCAUUGAAGAGUGAGGAUGAGGAACCAGGAGAGUCUGUGUAUGAGGAAAUGAAGUAUCCAGCCCUGGAUGAUAUGGAAUACCGAAGUGAUCCCAUUGGAUGUCGUUCUGCCUGUCCCACCCCGGCACCCUAUGACCCUGAGCCUCUCAGCCGUUGCUCCACGCCUCGAAACAUUCCUCUCUGUGACAUUCCUGCACCCUUUCCUAAUUUACUCACUCACCGGCCUCCGCUGCUGGUGUUCCCUCCAGCACCAGCCCAGUGCUCACCAAACUCAGAUGAGUCUCCUCUCACACCUUUAGAUGUAACCAAACUACCAAUGCUGGAGAACCAACCCUAUAGCAAAUCUCCCACCUCUUCAAGUGAGCCUCCCACCUCUGCUCAUAUCCGCAGGGAGCUCACUGCUACCCCAACUCUCACUGUCUCAGGCCGCUCCUCUGCACCUCCUCUCCCCUGUACUCUCUAUAAAUCUUCCUCAUCAUCGUCCUAUCAGCGAAGCCACUCUGCCUGCCCUUCACCAGUCAGUAUGGGGCGCUGUCUUACCCCUCUGAGCUUGAUGCGUACACCUCCAUUUGAUGCUCCAAUUCCAUUUCCCGGGGGUCUCCCACGGAGUGCCUCUGCUACCCCUCAUGGCAAAGGUUCCCCACCUCAAGAAGGUGUUGGACGACUCCAUGGCUCUAUGCAGAAUGUGUCAACAAGUCGUUCACGCACACCCACCAGUCCACUGGAUGAACUAACAAACCUGUUUACCACAGGCCGGAAUAUGUUAAAGAAAAACACCAGUGGAAGAAAGUCAAAAGAACCUGGAGAGACUGAAUCUAAGGUCAAGUCACACAGUGAUUCCAGGCGAGAAGGUAAGGAACGCCACAGCCACAGCAAGGAAUCCAAACGUGAGUCCAAAGAGCGUCAUAGCAAGGAAUCAUCUCAUCGAAGAGAAAAAGAUAAAGAAAAAGACAAAGAUAGAGGUGGCAGCAAUACAGAACCUCCACUUCACAGACGCAACAGUAGAGACCGCACUUUCAGCAGUACAGACAUGCCCAUUGUCUGCAGGGACAGCAAGGAUCAGUCCUCCAGUUGUCUAGAGCCAAUCCCUGGAAGAAGGGACUCCAAAGACAGAAGUUGCAGCUCCUUAGAUCCCAUACCUUUGAUAAGAAAAGACUCCAAGGACAGAGGUCUUAGUAAUGGUGAACUGAUGCCAAGGAAAGACAGCAAAGAUCGAAGUGUGGGACACAAAAUAGAAUCUUCACAAAGACAAGACAGCAAAGAUAAGGAAAAAUUGAUAGAUCAACCUCACGACCCAUUAUUAAGACAAGAAAGCAAGGAAAGGAUGAGGAACGGUAUCGAUUACAAGCAUGAAAGCAGGGAGCGACUGCUGGAUCGGCCACUUGAGCUUUUACCUAGACAGGACAGCAAAGAGAGAACCAGAAAUGGUUUUGAAUCAAAGCAAGACAGCAGAGACCGGGUCAGUGAGCUCCUGUCUCAUCAGGAAAGCAAAGACAGACCUAGAAAUGGACUAGAGUAUAGGCAUGAAUGCAAAGACAAUCGUUCUGAUUUGUUACUCCAUCAAGAGAGUGUAGAGAGAGAAAGAAGUAGCACUGAACAUAAACAUGAAGGAAGAAUAGACCAGCCUCCUGAGAUGCUGCAUCAACAGGAAACCUACAGGAGCAACAGGGUUGAUUUUAAGUAUGAGGGCAGAGAUUGGAGCUGUCACAACGGAGGGGACCUUCCUCCCGCCCUUUUUGCAAGGCAGGAGAGCAAAGACCUGAAUAGGACAGGCCUUGAAGUGAGACGGGACAGCAAAGACAGAAGUCUCAAUGGCUCAGAGCAGCUUUAUUAUGACAUCAAGUGCACCAAGAGUCCUCCUACAGUGGAGUAUAGAUGCGAUAGAGAACGUGGGCACAAAUCAGAUGGUACACCACGGCGUGAUAAAGGAGCGAAAAAAAACAUGGACAUGUCAAAAGCACAAGAAAGAAAUGGCAGCAGUGUUUCAGGGCACAAUUCAUCAGCUACACCUACUCACAAUGGGAGACCAUCCCGUAGCCCACCUUUGACAGCAGGAACUGGAAAUGAUUUGAAAACAGCGCCUAAGUAUAGCCGCUCCCCUUUAACGCCAAAUAAUCCUUCGCCAAUGGGAACGCCACAAAGGAGAGCAGCAGAGACACAUCAAAGUCAGAUGCUCCAGAUGCCAUGGAUAUGCGGAGACACCACUAUGCUUGAGCAAAUAGAGAGAAAACGUAACCUUUGUUCAGAAAUCCUUUCUAGACAGCACCCACACUUGCAGAGAUAUCUGGAGAGGUCUCCACCUACAGACAAGAAUGACGACAAACACCUCGAGCGAAGUCAGUGCAAGCAGGAGAAUGCAUCUAUCCUCGCUGGCUGCGGGAAAAGCAGUGGAACCAAAAAGAUUCGCCCUCCACCAUACCCAACACAAACAACUGUAUUUUGGGACACAGCCAUCUGACAUUAACAAAAAAAAGAAAGACAAAGGAAACCUUCAACCUCUUUACCACACAACUCUCACACACUCCUUCUCCCUUGUUUGUGGUACUGGGUCUCCACUGUAACAAUGCUUCAGGGUGACCGCAAAGUGCACCAGAGGGUGUGAUACUCGCUGAUGUCAGGACUAUAGUUGUUACCAUUGCAAUAUUUCUGCUUGUUCAGGUUGUCACAUUUUCUUAUCAUCACUGGUGAUAUUUGAUAUUUUUCUAUUUCCUGUGACUGAACUCUUGUACAUUGAUUAGUAGAGUAGAUAUUCAAUGAUGAACAGAUAUUUUCUAAAUAAAACAAUGGGAAACAAAAAGCAUAAUAAAUUAUGUAUAAUAGAUUUGAAUGCAAUCUAGUAUUUGUUUCAAUGUUAUUUUUUGUCUAGUUUAUUUUACAUUUAAAUGACAUAAUCUAUCAAUACUUGUACUGUAGUAACAUAAUUUUUUUAAUUCCCAAUUCUUUGUGUGUGCGCAAAAACACUUAAAUUCUGCUCCAAUGCUUGAUACUAUAUUCUUCACAUUUUCACUGUUGUAUGAUAAGUUGAGGAGAGAACAUUAAGGUGUUUUGGAUGCCAGGGAGGCUCUCAGAGUCUUGACCUAUAUUCUAGAAUGUACAGCAGUUGGUACUGUGACAGUUUGUUUCAUUUUAGUAAGUUGUGGUCAAUAGCUUGCAAACUCAAAGCCCUUCUGAAGUGGUUGAGUUAUUCCUCCUGUUAGCUCCAAAAAAAAGCUAUGAGGUCAAUAUUUUAUUAUAUAGCGCAUUAGGACACAUUUUUAAUUGUCUAUGACCAACCAAAGCCUGUUCAUGUGUCAAAUCUGCUGUGCCAGUUUUUUUUAUUUAUUUUUUUUAUCAGGGCCAUAUGGGGAAUUUGUUAAGUGUGGGGCUGGAAAAUGAGGCGCAUGAACAGCAGAUAAACAAGAACAGCAUAU